AUGCGGGGACCGGCUCUUAUCGCCGCCGCCUUCAACAUUGCGCCUCGCGAUAAACGGCCCGAGGCUGCUGGCCUUUCCUGCUCCACUCCCUUUCACAAAUCAUCAUCCGUACGACAUUCUCCCAAGUCCAGAAGGCUGCUUCGCUGUUUGCUCUAUCCGAUCGUCUGCAUUCUGAUCAUGUUAGGCAUUGUUCAGUUCAUUGCCAUUGUCUGUGGCAUAGUCAUUGCAUUCUUUCCCAGCGAGGUCGACCGCGCAGUCGAGCGGUGGCAACCGGGUAGCACGACCUCUGCCAUCAAUCUCUCGCGCUGGCCCACCGAUGCCUCUCGUGGCAUCAACCCCGUCAAAUGUCACUCGCAUAACGACUACUGGCGCCCCGUCCCGUUGUUCUCUGCCCUCAAGGCCGGCUGCGUCGGCGUCGAGGCCGAUGUCUGGCUGUUCGACGAGGAACUCUAUGUGGGCCACACCACCUCAUCGCUGACCCCGAAGCGCACGCUGCGCACCCUGUACAUCAAUCCCCUCCUCAGGAUCCUCGAACGGCAAAACCCCCUCACCGAGUUCCACCCCCAACUCCAUCGUCCACUCCAGGGCGUUUUCAGCACCGAUCCAUCCCAAACCAUCAUCCUACUGAUCGACAUCAAGACCAACGGCUACGACACCUACAACAAAGUCGUCACACAACUGGCACCGCUCCGUGAGCGCGGCUACCUGACAUACUUCAACGGCACCGAUGUUGUUCCCGGCCCGAUCACAGUCGUCGGCACGGGCAACACGCCCUUCGAUCUGGUCACGGCCAAUACCACAUACCGGGACAUCUUCUUCGAUGCGCCACUCAACGUACUUGCCGAGAACGAUGCCAAUAGCGGUGACGACGAUUUCUCCUCCGACGAGACACGCCACCUGACCCAAACCCAAAGAAGCACGGCCACCGGGGCCACCACCGCCCGCGACACUGACAAUAGCCUUACGGCGCGAAAUGUCGGUCAAGGCCUCACGGGCGUCUCCCAAACCGACACCUUCGACCGCACCAACAGCUUCUAUGCCUCGGUCUCCUUCAAGAAAUCCAUCGGCUUCCCUUGGACCUUCCGCCUCACGGACCAGCAGAUCGACACGAUCCGAGCGCAGAUCCGCGCCGCUCACCGCCGCGGCCUCAAGGUCCGCUACUGGGACGUCCCGGACUGGCCGCGCCUUCUCCGCAACCACCUCUGGGCCGUGCUCGUGCAGGAGGGCGUCGAUAUCCUGAAUGUCGAUGAUCUGCAGAGCGCCGCCCGCCAGGAUUGGAGGCCGAAAUGGUCGGAUCUGUGGCAUUAG